CACAACGUCACCGCCAUGGUCGGCGCCGGCGUUCUCAGCCUCCCUUACGCCAUGGCCGAGCUUGGAUGGGGACCGGGCACGGUGAUUAUGGUUCUGUCGUGGAUCAUAACGCUGUACACCCUGUGGUAGAUGGUGGAGAUGCACGAGAUGGUGCCGGGGAGGAGAUUCGACCGGUACCACGAGCUGGGCCAGUACGCGUUCGGCGAGAAAUUGGGCCUCUGGAUCGUGGUCCCGCAGCAGCUGACCGUGGAAGUGGGCGUCAACAUCGUGUACAUGGUCACCGGCGGCAAGUCCCUGAAGAAAUUCCACGACACCGUCUGCCCAAACUGCAGAGAAAUCAGAACCUCUUACUUCAUCGUAAUCUUCGCGUCCGUCCAUUUCGUGCUGUCCCACCUCCCCAAUUUCAACUCCAUCUCCGGCGUCUCCCUCGCCGCCGCCGUCAUGUCCCUGAGCUACUCCACAAUCGCGUGGGUCGCGUCGCUGGAGAAAGGGGUGCAGCCCAACGUGGACUACGGCUCCAUGGGGGACACCAGAUCCGACGCCGUUUUCCACUUCCUGAGCGGGCUCGGGGAAGUGGCGUUCGCGUUCGCGGGGCAUAACGUGGUGCUGGAGAUCCAAGCCACGAUUCCGUCGACGCCGGAGAGGCCGUCGAAAGGGCCGAUGUGGAAAGGGGUGGUUUUGGCUUACUUGGUGGUGGCUCUCUGCUAUUUCCCUGUGGCGUUUAUUGGGUAUUGGAUGUUCGGGAACUCUGUUGAAGACAAUGUCCUGAUUUCUUUAGAGAAACCCGCGUGGCUCAUCGCUACGGCCAAUAUGUUCGUGGUGAUCCAUGUGAUUGGGAGCUACCAAGUUUAUGCAAUGCCUGUGUUUGACAUGAUUGAGACCGUGCUGGUCAAAAGGUUGAAGUUCACGCCCAGUUUCAGGCUUCUCUUCAUCACCAGAACCACAUAUGUUGCAUUUACCAUGCUCGUGGGCAUAGCUGUGCCGUUCUUCGGUGGCCUGCUUGGCUUCUUUGGAGGCCUUGCUUUUGCUCCCACUACAUACUAUCUCCCCUGCAUCAUGUGGUUGGCGAUUUGCAAGCCCAAGAGAUUCAGCUUAUCUUGGAUCAUAAAUUGGAUAUGCAUCGUGUUAGGAGUGAUGUUGAUGGUCCUUUCGCCCAUCGGCGGGCUGAGAACACUCUUGCUUUCGGCCAAGAAUUACAAGUUUUUCUCAUGAACCAAUCAUUGCAAUAUUCAUAAUUCCAUAAUCCAAAUAAUGUACUCUUUUUUUAGCACACCCAUGCUCUAUUUCUAGGACACUAAUGUUGUGCACUGCAUGUACAUUAAUUAAGUACCAAAACAUGCAAGGGAA